UCCAAACACAACUAAUUUUUUCUAUUUAGAAAUAUGAUUUAAUUAUUCGAUAUGCAUCCCAAAUAAUUACUUUCCGAAUCCGUUCCUAUUGUCAACUCCUUGGUUGAGUCGGUUUAUUUAGCCUGUUUGGGCGUAUUUUUAAUUCCUCAAAAGCCACGUGUCCAGAUUUAAACAAAACCAUUGCGCAAAAAGUCCCAAGUUUUUAAUAAUCCGAAAAAAUAAAACGGUUUCAGUUUAUUAAAUCAAAAUCAAAAUCAAAAUCCAUAAUAGUUCCAGUUUGAAAGAGAUAGUCCACUUCCCAUUUAAGCGUUGAACUUUAAUUUGCUACAUGUUGUUGAGUUCCUUAGAAUUUAAGUAAUAAUCCAAAGAUUCAAUUUUUUCUGCUACAAUCGAUCUCCUAAGGUUUCGGAAACUGAUGGCGACAGCAACUAUCGCCACUGCAGCAGGUGCUGCUGCUUUAUUAUAUUAUACGUUAAAUAAGAAGUUGCAAUCUGCUCCAACAAUGGAUGAUGAUGACGAUGAAUGUGGCAGCAGUGGUCAAGAUCAUGCUUUACUAGGAGUUAAUAGGGUUUCCAAUAGACUUAUACAGGCCCCUGCUACAUGGUUGGAGACGAUCGCAACGUUGUCCGAGACUCUUAGGUUUACAUACUCGGAGACCUUGGGCAAGUGGCCUAUUGGGGACUUGGCUUUUGGCAUCAGUUUUCUUUUGAAGCAGCAGGGAAAUAUACAUGUUAGUAGCAUAUUCUGUGUCGAAGACAGUGCCCAGUUAAAAGGUUCAGAUAUUGCUGCAGAGCUUAAAUGCCUGUUGCACUUGUUGACAGUUUGUUGGCAUUUCUCCAAAAAGCCUUUCCCGUUAUUCUUGGAGGAGACAGGCUAUUCCGAAGAAAGUGUACUACUACAAGAACCCAAAGCUGGAAUUCUGAAGCCAGCUUUUACAAUACUCGCCGACCACCGAUCAAAAUCUUUCCUCCUUGUAAUCCGGGGAACUCAUAGUAUUAAAGAUACUUUGACAGCUGCUACUGGUGCAGUUGUGCCUUUCCAUCACACCAUGGUACAUGAGGGAGGAGUUAGCAAUUUGGUGUUAGGCUAUGCGCAUUGUGGAAUGGUGGCAGCUGCUCGAUGGAUUGCAAAACUUGCAACGCCUUGUCUUCUUAAAGAACUUAGCAUUUAUCCCGAAUACAAACUUAAGGUUGUGGGACACUCCUUGGGUGGAGGAACUGCAGCUCUUUUAACUUAUGUACUUCGUGAGCAGAAGGAACUGUCAACCGCUACUUGUGUAGCAUUUGCUCCAGCUGCCUGUAUGACAUGGGAAUUAGCUGAAUCGGGGUGUGAAUUUAUUACCUCAGUAAUCAACGGAGCUGAUUUGGUGCCUACAUUUUCAGCUGCUUCGGUAGACGAUUUGCGCACUGAGGUGACAGCAUCUGCUUGGUUGAACGACCUAAGAAAUCAGAUUGAGCACACUAGGAUCCUUAGUACUGUUUAUCGUUCUGCAUCAGCCCUGGGGUCUCGUCUUCCUUCAAUUGCCACCGCUAGAGCUAAGGUUGCCGGUGCUGGUGCAAUACUCCGGCCUGUUUCCAGUGGAACUCAGGUUGUCAUGAAGAGAGCGCAAAGUAUGGCCCAGGCAGCAUUGUCACGACCUGCCAUGCAAUUGUCAUCAUGGUCAUGCAUGGGUCCCAGACGUCGACCAACAAAUGUUCAGGUUAAUUCUGAAGAACGGCAAAUCUCCUGUGAAACUUCUCCCGGCGAAAGUUCUGAAACAUUCCUUGUGGAAUCCGAGGAGACCAGAAGUACGACACUGAUGGAUCUUCCUGUUUCUUCAACCGAGGGGAUCACAUGGAACACGGAAAUUGAUCAGUCUCUUGCAGAUGGGAUUAAUAUCCAUAAUGGCCUGGAUCCCGAUCCUGAUGAUAGGGAACAUGUGGCCCAUGGACCCGAAGACCGAAUGACGGAAGUUGAGAUGUGGCAACAACUAGAGCAUGAACUGUAUGAUCAGUCUGAAGGUGAAACUGAUGUUGCGAAGGAGAUUAGGGAAGAAGAAGAAGCAGCCAUUGCAGAGUCAGGUCUUAGCUCAGGUGAAAGCUCUGUUCCAAAUACAAAGGAGGUGCACAGAUUCUUUCCUCCUGGAAAGAUAAUGCAUAUAGUCCCUCUCCUCUCUGAGGAGGUCGAUCAUGAAAGUGACAGCGACACGUUGAGUGAGGACCAUAACCAACCUAAGGAUACGAAGGUUGGAAUUUUUCUCACUCCUAGAUCAUUGUACAGUAAAAUAAGGCUGUCACAAACUAUGAUCAGCGAUCAUUUCAUGCCAGUUUAUAGAAGGCAGAUAGAGAAACUAAUUAGGGACCUUGAGAAUGAUGUUGCUUGUUCUUCUCAAAAGAAUGAUGAUACUUGUGACAGAUCAAAGGAAUCAUGACCAUUGAGUUCGUAGUAGGGUGUUGGUUUAUAGAUGACACAAAAGAACUCGAGGUAUAAGCCCUGUCACCUGUGGUGCAGCGAAAAUUUUGAUAUUUCUUACGAUUGUAGAGCUCGUGAUCAGUGGAUGCAGCCUCCUCCUCAGGUGAUGUUUACCAAGGCGAUUCUCUUAGCGAAAUAUACCUAAACCUUGACAGAGCCUGUGAAGGUGUUUAAGUUGAUGUAUAUAUCUUUGAUGAUUUCUUGUUCUUUAACAUUUGUUAGCAUAAGAUUUGAAUA